UUUUUUUUUUCUUUUCUUCUUCUUCUGCAACUCUGCUUUCUCAUUCCAUCUGUCGACUUGACUUCAUAACGAACGAACUGAUACCACAAUCCACAUCCGAGUCAAUUCAGAGACAUCCUUUGCUGUCUUUUCAUCUCUAUUCUUUUCGUCCAAGACUCCUUCUGCUGAUUCCAUUCCCUAUCCCUUAUUGACAAGCUUUGCAAAACCUCUCGACUGCUUCCUUGACCUCAACUCGGCCCUCUUUUCCAAUUAGAAACUCAACUACUUCUGACCUAUCACGGGCUAUUAUCUUUUCAAGUAAUCAUGAUUUUUACUACAGGAACAUCAUCUACACAACAUAAACAACAACAACCUGCCGCGGCUGCCCGUUGGUUGGCCAGGACUCUACUAUCAUUCACAAUCCUUGCUGCUGGCGCACAAGCCGCGUGUGUCUCCUUAGCAGCAUCCAAGGCAUGCCCAUCCUAUUCUUCAUAUGCGGUUGACACUUCAAUAGUCAAACACGUAGCAGCGCAUUAUAUCCGCAUGCAACCCUUUGCCAACGUAGAAGAGUUUGACAGGGCUGUCUUCAACGCCACAGGAUUCCAGACUUCAUCAGACUGCACUGAGUAUAACAAUACUGUCCGAAUCCCUUACCAGAAUACGUUGCUGUGCACAAUUGCAGUCCAGCACGCUAAUUCAAUGAAAUGCAAAAGUAAACGCAGUGGAUCCAGUUCUAUGUGUGUUUCUUCUUGCUCCUUGUAUGAGCAAGGUCUGUCUACAAUGAUCAAAAGUCGUUGUCCCAAGGCCACCAAUGCCUUGAAACAAUUGGCUGAAGUUAGUGUCAUUUGCUCACGAAAGAAUCCUGAUGAGUGGCAAGGUUUAAAUUCGAACACGCCAGGUUGCGUUGAUUCUCUCAAAAAUGAAGCCAGUACUUGUGGACUGAGCACCCUUGCUAACAAAUGCGAGUUCUGCAAGACAAACUCAACUAAUGCAUGCUGUAAUGAUGCCGCCUCUGUUUGCAAGUAUCCAACCACCGCAGCACCUAGCGCCACCAACUCUAGCAGCUCUCCCUCAGCCACGUCAUCUGUCACACCACCAGUAUCUAGCAAGUCCGGUCUUUCUGUUGGAGCCAUGGGUGGGAUCAUUGGAGGCUCAGUUGGUGGCAUCAUUUUGUUUUCGUUCAUAAUAUGCAUGUGUCAUCGCCGUGGUAACCGCCAUGAGGCUCCCAAAGAAAACGCACCUGCACGUCAAAUAUCUAACAACAGCGCCCGCUACAACAUUUCUUCGCCAAAACUUCAGGAAGAGGGCUUCGUUUCUGCAGCUCCUAUUCCCAUGACUGCACUGCCACCUAUUAAGAACAAUCCUUCUCCCAUGGUUGUCGCUGGUGCAGCAGGUGCAGGCGUAGGUGCAGGUGCGGUUGCUGCUGGAACGGGUGCUAUAGCUGUUGCAGGACGAGGAGCCAAUACAAAACAAUCCUAUUGCCAAGCCGUGUUCCCUUAUCAAGCAUCAAUGGAAGAUGAGUUGGACUUGACAGCUGGAGAUAUUAUAAAUGUCCAGCGUGUUUUUGACGACGGCUGGGCUGUGGGCGUCAACUUGAACACAUCGCGGGAGGGAGCUUUCCCAAUUGUGUGCGUCGUCUUUGUGGAUGAGAGUGCAUUGGAUGAUGAGUUUGAGGAUGUGAACAUGCACACGAUGAUGCCCAUGACACUACGUGAGGAAGAUGAACGUGGACGAGGACGCAACACUUCUCGAUCUCCUUUGCACUCGCGAUCUGCUUCACCGGUGCCUUUGCCACGACGCAACUCUUCGAUUCGAGAUAGCACACUGAUGAUAUCGGGUACGAAUCCUAUGACAAGCAGUCCUCUUGCUGCAACUCAAAACAACAGCAAUAACCAAUGGUGAAAUAACGAAAAGUAGAACAGAUCAAUUCCAUUCACUUAAUAUUUUUGUCACCAUACUCUGCAAUACAUCUUUCUUUUCUACAUGUAUGCUUAAUCCCACGACCUUUUUUUGUGAUUUAUAUAGUACAUUAUAUAUAUAUAUAUUUAUGCCCAUUGACCAUAUCAUUAUUUAUACGCCAAAUAAACCCUCCUAUGCUAAAAGUUUACGUCAAU